AUGGGCUACGAUACAGAUAUCAGGUUGCUUUCUAAGGGUGUGCCUUUGAAACCAGGAAUGGAGUCCCUGGAUCAGGAUAGCGGAUGGUGUGACAAACUCACUGGUGUGUUUGCUCCUCGACCAUCCACUGGUCCCCACAAGCUGAGAGAAUGUCUCCCGCUGAUCAUUUUCUUAAGAAAUAGACUUAAGUAUGCUCUGACUGGAGAUGAAGUUAAAAAAAUUUGCAUGCAGCGGUUCAUUAAGAUUGAUGGCAAGGUCCAAACUGAUAUAACCUACCCUGCUGGCUUUAUGGAUGUCAUCGCCGUUGACAAGACCGGAGAGAAUUUCCGUCUGAUCUAUGACACCAAGGGUCGCUUUGCUGUUCAUCGUAUUACACCUGAGGAGGCGAAGUACAAGUUGUGCAAAGUAAGAAAGAUCUUUGUGGGCACAAAAGGAAUCCCUCACCUGGUGACACACGAUGCUCGCACCAUCCGCUAUCCUGAUCCUCUCAUCAAGGUGAAUGACACCGUUCAGAUUGGGAGUUGUUUAUUAAUACACUGUAACCUAGCAUAG